AUGAGCACCCCAAAAGCGCACCUCCCAGUCUCCAUUUCAGAGGAUGACAUUAAAGCUCUUCUUGUGUCCCUGGACCUACCACCGCCACAACUCGUAUCUCCUUUACCUACCACAGCAGAAUAUCAUUCAAUUUACGUCCUUUCCUUUCCUUCAGCAGUAGCGGCUUCGCUCUCCCCAACUUUGGCACCUUUGCGCGAAGAUGGCCACGUCCAGCUCAUCUUGCGUAUUUCUGGCAACCAUCUACCCCGCAUCAAAACCAUCAACGAAGUUGCGGUGAUGACUUGGGUGCGGCAGAAUACUCGCUUCCCUGUAGCGGAAGUUGUGCGCUUUGACGCUACCACCGACAAUCCACUGGGUCAUGAAUAUACCCUCUUGCAAAGUCUUCCUGGAGUUGCAGUUAGUGACGUUUAUGAUCGCCUUUCGCCAGAGGUUUUAGAUCGUCUCAUCGACCAGAUGGUCGACAUUGUACACCAAACGCACGCUAUGUCUUGGCAUGGGGUAUUUGGUCUCCAGUUUGACAGUAAUGGAGAUGUCGUCCCAGGUCCCGUGAUUGAAGAAACAUUUUGGCACUCACCUGAUGUGGCCAAAUACUGGCCUGCUUCAGAGUCGGUGGAAUCUCUCAAUAUUAGCGGACCAUACGAAUCCUACACCGAUUACAUAGCCGCAAUGGUCCGCGUAUACCAACAUGCAAUUCGUGUCCAUCCGACCUUAGAAAACAUGCGAGACCUUCUACCACGCCUCGACGCUUUUGUGGAAGCCCUAUCAAAACAUCCCGAGCUCAACAAUACUAGGUAUAUUCUGGCACAUAAAGAUUUGCACUUUGGAAACGUCAUGUUUGAUGAGUUGAGCGGCUGCAUCACAGGCAUACUGGAUUGGGAAUUCUCUAGCAUCGUGCCAGCGCCUCGCUGGAAUCCCGUUAGGGCUUUUCUAUGGAAUGGCCAAUACUCUCAAGACGCCACUGAAGAAAAGAAUCGUGUAAAUAAGCUGUUUAGAGAACGUUGCGUGGCGCGAGGAUUGGUCUCUCUUUUAGAAGAGACAAAUUUCAGUUCGGCUAUACAGCAAGCGAUGCAAGAUACAGUCAAUUACUUGCGUGCAAUUGUGGAGGUCAGCCCACGCCAUCAAAAGGCAGAAGUGGUACCUAACUGGCGGGCUUCCGUUGAGGAAGGGCUGACUACAUUCCAGGUUUGA